AUGAACGCCCCAUCAAGCUCCUCCUCCUCCUCCCCCAAAAUGGACCCCGAAUCCGGCCCCUCCCCCUCCCACCUGAAAAACACCACCCUCACCUCCCUCACCUGGUCCUCCCUAUCCCACGCAAUCUCCACGACCCCCAUCCUCACCUCCUCAACGGGCCUCCUCCGCCCAGGCGAACUCCUAGCAGUAAUGGGCCCCUCGGGCUCAGGCAAAACAACCCUCCUCAACCUCCUCUCCCGCCGCCUUUCCCCAUCAUCCCCCUCACCCAUCCUCCUAAACGGAACCCCCCUCCCCCUCCCCCAAUUCCAAUCCCUGACCCGCUUCGUCGAACAGACUGACUCCCUCAUCGGGGCCCUAACCCCACGCGAGACCCUCCACUUUGCCUCACGGCUCUCAAGCGCGGGGAUUAGCAAAAAAGAGAGGCGGGAAAGGGUAGAGGGUCUACUCGGGAGUUUUGGCCUGAUCGAACAAGGCGAUGUAGUAGUCGGAACUGUGACAAAAAAAGGGUUGAGCGGAGGGCAAAAGAGACGGUUGGGGGUUGCAAAGGAGGUUAUCACCGGGCCGAGGGUGGUCAUACUUGAUGAGCCGACCAGCGGGCUUGAUGGGAGGGGGGGGUGGGAGGUUGUCAAGUUUUUGAGGGGGUUGGCGAGGGAGAAUAAUUUGAUUAUUGUUGCGAGUAUACACCAGCCUUCGACCGCGACGUUUGACCUGUUCGACAAGCUGUUGCUCUUGUCAGAGGGCAAGACGCAUUAUUUUGGUUCGGUGGAGGGGAUGGGGGGGUAUUAUGAGAGUCAACUUGGGAUGGUCAUGCCACGACAUGUUAAUCCUGCUGAGUGGUUGCUUGAGCAGACUAAUAUUGAUUAUGCCGAUGAUAAAGAGGCUGCGAGGGCGAGGCUAGAGGAGAUGCAGUCUGGCUGGGAGAGGUCGGAUUUGAAGAAAAAGUUGGAUGAGGAUGUUGCUGCUGUUGCUGCUGGGGCGGAGAAGGGGGGGGAUGAGCUUGUGUUGGGGGAUGAUGAGGCGAGAGACAAAAGGCCGGGGAUGGCGAGUGUGGUUGUGACGCUGGUGCACAGGAGCUUUAUCAAGAGUUAUCGGGAUGUGGUUGCCUAUGGGAUUAGGUUGGCGAUGUAUACUGGUCUCGCCAUAAUGAUGGGUACAGUCUGGCUCCGUCUGCCAGCCACACAAGACUCCAUCAUCCCCUUCACCAACUCCAUCUUUUACGGCAGCGCCUUCCUCAGCUUCAUGGCUGUGGCGUACUGUCCCGCCUACCUCGAAGAUUACAACCAGUAUGCCAAAGAGAAACGGAACGGGCUCUACGGCGCCACCGCCAUGACGCUGUCAAACUUCCUCGUUGGGACACCAUACCUCUUCCUCAUCUCAGUCGUCUUCUCAAUAAUCAGCUACUGGCUCUCCAACUUCCAGCCUACCGCCAAAGCCUUCUUCACCUGGGUCUUCUGGCUCUUCCUGGACUUGCUUGCCGCCGAAGGGCUGGUAGUCUUUAUGGCCUCUCUCUUCCCGUCCUUUGUCAUCUCGUUGGCGCUGGUUGCGUUUGCCAAUGGCUUGUGGAUGAGCGUGGACGGGUUCAUGGUGCCGCCGGGGACGUUGAAUGUCUUUUGGAAAUAUGUUUUCCAUUACUGGGACUAUCAAAAGUAUGUGUUUGAGAAUAUGAUGAUCAAUGAGUUCAGUGAGAGGGUGUAUACCUGCGCCGAGACGGCGGAUGGGUGUCAAUGCAUGUGGCAGACUGAUCUGGCUGAUCAAUGCCUGAUCCGUGGAAAGGGAGUGUUGGAUCAGUACGGAUACAAGCCUGGGUAUAUGGGCAAGGAUGUGGGCAUCAUGCUGGCCAUCAUUUUUGGAUAUCGGCUCGCGGGGUGGUUGGUGUUGAAGCUGAAGAAGUAG